AUGAAGAGGAGACCCGUUUCAAACACAGGUCUUCAAAAUAUGCCAGCAAUGCAAAUUGCUAGUGAAAUUCCUCAGGUUCAAAAUAUUCAGAGUGUUAAUAAGUCUUUGCCAUCAAAUAAUUCUCAAAAUGUAAAUUCAUUAGCAUCAACUACAGAAAACACAGCAAAAAAUACAAAAUUUUCUGCUUCAAAAGUUGUGCCAUUCUUGAAACCAAAAGAAAUUGCACAAAAAGAAGAAAAUCAAAAUUAUUCAUAUUCAGAUUCUUAUUAUUCGGACUAUUCAAGUUACUCAGAAGAUGAGAAUAGCGAUUCAUCCUUAAUGGAUUUAGUAUUUCUUUUCCAAGGUUUAUCAAUGAAGAUUUCAAAAAGAAAUAAUGAAGAAGAAAUCAAUAAAUUAGAAAUAGAUUUACAAAAUGAGCAUAAGAAAUAUGCACAGCUGAACUCAGAACUAUUAGAAGGUCAAAAAUCGCUUGAAGAAGUAAUUUUACAACAAAAACUUUUUUUCACAGAACUAUUCGAUUUCUUUGCUAAUGCCCCAGCAGAUUUGGACGAGGUUGAAGACGAAUUCCUUGAUCCAAGUGGAGUUCUUGAGAGGCUACGAACUUUAAGAAAAUUAGAUCCUAUUCAAUACAAGCAAUCCGGCUUAUCCAAAAGUGUUUCGAGUAUACUAUCCAACUUCGCUGAAAUUGAAGUACUUAGAUGGGAUUUUAUCUCAAGAUUACCUUUAAUAGAUAUGAAAUGGAUUCGUGCUGGUUGGUUUUGGGGUUCAGAGGAUGGAAACAGUGAUUUAGUACCAGAUAUUAUGGAUAAUUUAAUUCCAAUAUUCGUAGAUAAGUUGAAUUCUUCAAAUCUUUCAUGUGAAUCUGAUUUUAUUGCUGCAUAUGUUCAUUGCCUUGAAAUCACUGAUUAUUCAAACAAUUACCAAAUUGCAGAAACUCAACUUAAAGGAGCAUUUCAAAGAAAAUUAGUUGAUUCUGUCAAUAGAAAGAUCAUCAACAAGAAACAAUAUGAAUCAAUUAUGGAUUCAUGCAAAUCUUAUGGAUCUUUGAAGCAUUCCCAAGUUUAA